AUGCCCGGUUUGGACAGCGAGAGCCACAGCAUCGCCAUGGCCGACUAUCGCGUGUCCUACGUCGCCCGCUGGUUGGACGACAUGAAGGCCGUCGCGGAAGCCGAAGCCAGCGGCGUCGACCCCAAGACCAUCACCAUGCCCGGCACGGCGCGCUGGCAGCACGUCUAUCGUCGUCCGCGCGCCUGCAAAAGCAUCGUCUCGCGACUCCAGCGGUGGUGCGACGACAGCAAGGCUCCCUUCCUAGCCGCCACCUCGGUGUUGCCGCCGUGCCCUUCCGGCGUGACCAUGCGCGACCGCAACCGCCUCAUCCACUGCGUGUUGGGUUCGGCGUUGGACGCGGUGCGCGCAGAGCUCAAGUUCAUCGACAAGAGUCUAGUCGGACUCAAGUGCUACCACGCCGACGUCGAUGAGCCCGGCAGAGCCACCCUCGGUCUCCCUACCACACAGCGCCUGUAG